AUGUGUAUCCAUGAGGACCCACAUGUUGUUAUGUCAGCACUUGCAUGUGGAAAGCGAGUAGAAGACAUUGGCCCGAUUCUCCAAAUUGGCGGGACUCGCUUCUGUUCAACGUCUUGUCACCAAACUGAAUCCGUGCUGGGCGUCGGCAAAGCCUGCAACCCUGACUUGGAAACACUUUGCCAAGCCCUCCGACGAGAAGGGUGGUCAUUUGCAAUCGAGCCGCAAUAA